AUGGCGCAAGCCGUCUUUGCGGAUGAGGAAGAUGAGUGGGAGUAUGAGUACAAUCCUACAGAGACAGAGGAUUUCUACGUGACUGUCGACCUUACAAACACUCCAGCUGCAAGUACGAAGAAAAACGCACCCAAGAACCCUUUCCCGGAUCCCAGGGCCUCGAGAGCCCAAUCUCGAACGCAGCAACAGGAAGAGACAGCAACAGGUGACCAAGAGCAAUCAGCAUCACCUUCCCCGGAUGCCCCAGAUCAAGCACAGGAUGAAGCACAAGCCGCUCCUACGGCAGCCGCUGAGAUACGGCCGUCCAUUGAGCACGCAGCGAAUAGCGAUCCUCAGGACCGCAUCCAGGUUCUGGACUUACAUGGACCGAAUCCACUGAUCAACUACCAAAAUCAACUUUACAGCUGCCGCUGGGCCAACAGCAUCGGCACAGACAUGUUCUUUGCGAAGUCCACGGAUGCAACCGAUCAGAAAGUGCUGCGCUCACUAGCUACUCACGAUCUUCUUGGCAUUGGCUCAGCAAAGCUGGUCGCUACCAGCGCGCAUUUGCAGCCGCGGCAAUCUGCGAAGAGGCAGCGGCAGGAUGGAGAUGCAGAGCAGCCAGCUGUUGGGGCAGAUGCUGAUGUCAGUGAUGCUACGGGCGUUGUUCGUGCAGACGAGGCAGCGAGAAGAAAACAAGCUAGAUUCCUUGAGAGGCUGGAUGCUGUCAAAGCUAGAAGAGGCCAAAGUGGUUGA